AGACACAAUCUUAACUGCAGCCUUCAGCACGAUUUAAUAUACUGUAGUGGGGUCUCCAGCUGUCGCCUAACAUUAUUUCUUUGCAGUUGUGCGUCUGAGGGGGAGAGGAGGAAACAGGGAUGUCUGGUGCACACAGAGAACGAGAGAGAGAGAGAGAGAGAGAGAGAGAGAGAUCAGGGUCUGAACAAAAAUCAGAAAAUGUCCUUAAGAAAGCGCAUUUGAAAUGUUCCAAUUGUUGGUCCUUCACGUUAUUUUUGGUCUCCAAGGUGAAACAUGAACGGACAGAAUGAUAAGGGCUCCACUCACUGAAUGGCUGUGCGUCAUCGCAGUAGCGAGCACGCCUCCUGCCGUGCCAAGUAUUAAAGCUGCUCUCCUCCGACUUCCAGAGACUGAACCCGUUUCACUCCGGGUGAUGACCAAGUGAAAGUCAACAAAUGUCGGCUCAGUUUGAACAGUCUAGUUUAUUUUUCCUGUGCUUUCACACAUAAAGGCGCAAUGGAUUUAAACUUCACACUCCCGGAGCGUGAUUUGGCAGGCUGGGGCGCGCUGGCGCAGAGACUCUUUGGGAAUAACUCACUGUCUCCAAUUGAUAACAGCACUGCCGCUUCUAAAACGGAGGAGGAGGACUUGGAAGUCAACACGGACGUUUACUCCAAGGUGAUUGUCACUGUAAUCUACGUGGCUCUGUUCGCUGUGGGCUCUCUGGGGAACUCCAUCACCCUGUACACGCUGCUGACCAAAAAAACCCUGCAGAACCUCCAGAGCACCGUGCACUACCACCUGGCUAGCCUCGCCGUGUCCGACCUGCUGAUCCUGGUCCUCUCCAUGCCCAUCGAGCUCUACAACUUCAUCUGGUUCCACCACCCGUGGGUUUUCGGGGACGCAGUGUGCAGGGGUUACUACUUCCUCCGGGACAGCUGCUCCUAUGCCACCGCGCUAAACAUCGCCAGUCUGAGCGUGGAGCGCUACAUGGCCAUCUGCCACCCGUUCAAAGCCAAAAGCAUCAUGUCCCGCAGCCGCACCAAGAAGCUUAUCAGUGCCAUGUGGCUCGCGUCCUUCGCGCUGGCCACGCCGAUGCUCUUCAUCAUGGGCCAGAUGAUGCGUAAAGGAGAGAAGAUAUGCACCGCUAUCGUCUCCCCUGUCACCAUGAAGACUGUUCUACAGGUAAACGCAUUUCUGUCCUUCGUGGUACCCAUGGUGGCCAUAUCUGUCCUGAACGGGGUUAUAGCCAAUCAUCUGCUGCGGAUGUUCCGGGAGGCAGAGCAAGACAACCGUGUCUGCAUCAUCGGGGGAAAUCCCACCAUGCUGAAUGUCACAGUGGAGCCAAACCGUGCUCAGUCACUUCGCCAUGGAGUCCUUGUUCUCCGAGCUGUGGUCAUAGCCUUUGUGGUCUGCUGGCUGCCCUAUCACGCUCGCCGCCUCAUGUUUUGCUACGUCUCCGAGUGGUCUGAUGACUUGUAUGACUUCUACCACUAUUUCUACAUGCUGACCAACGUCCUGUUCUACGUCAGCUCAGCCAUCAACCCCAUCCUCUACAACCUGGUGUCAGCUACCUACCGCCAGAUCUUCUUCUCCACGCUGCGCUACUUCUGCAUGCCCUGCCGACACGCACCCAGGAGGCAUCCCCACCCCCUGACCCGCCACUCCAUUAGCAUCUCCAGCAACCACACCCUCUCCACCAACAUCAUCAAAGAGACGGCAUACUGAUCGAGCUGCAGUGGAAUCCACUUUCUCACACUAAAAAUCCAUUCCAUUGCCGCUCUGUGAUUACUGGUCCAACAUCAUAAAGGAAAUUCUGGUACUGGAUUGCAGACUGUUGUAGCAGAGGUUAAUCCAGCACUGAGGUCACCAUUAUUGUCAUGUGGGGUCAAGUGCCCACUCUGAGGCCUCUUUGGUUCCAUUACAGAUGCACAUUUUACCAUGCGUUACUGUAUCUUUAUUCAGCAUAACAUUUUUGUGAAAUAAAAAAAAUACAUAAAAUAAAAUAAUAUAAAAUAUGACAGUGGAAGAAUGAAAAAAGAAAGGAAAGGUGGAGAUAAACAGAGUUAAUCCUUAAAAUAAAAAUUGAUGUGUAAAUGUUUUAUACAAUAUAUUUCUAUGUACAUGUUUUUAUUGGACCAAUCAUUCACACUUGCUUGGUGCUAUACAGUAUAAAUGACUCUGCUGUUUCAAUGUUUUUAAGCAUCAGCUUCUAAAACCCCUGAAAGUACUUUCUCUGUACAAAAAAAAAAGAAAAAAUAAUAAUAACAAUAAUGAAUGGCCUCUGGUAAUACUUUCACCUCUACAAAAAUCCUGAUGUAAGCCUCCUUUGUGCUACUUUGGGUGAGCAUCUGUGGAUAAACGUGGCUUUGAUGUUCGAAAAAAGGGAUGUGAAGAGAGGGUAUUUCUCCUUCUUGGAUCUGAGUUGCACUAACAGCAGUGUCGGAAGAAUCUCUUGCAUCAUUGCCAUUCGCUUCUCUUGCUUUUUAACAAAAGGUGUGUCCACAUGACGCUAGUAUGAAGACAGUCUGGCAGAGUGGAGGGGUCUUUGUCACACUGUUCAGACUCUAAAAUAUGAAUGCAGUGGGAUUUGAGAAUAGUGCAGACACUAUGAUUACCUCUGGCAAUAGAUGUCUGCAUUCAUAAAAGCCUUUUGAAAAAGUGGGGUAAGUGGGUAGACAGAGGAUAAGUGGCUGUAAUUGAUUAUUUGAAGUAUUUGUACACAACGGUAGUAACCAUGUGGAGCAAAUAAUCCAUGGUAGUGAUGAAUUGAUGCAGAGACACAAGCAUGCUUACCUGGAGCAUAAUGUUGGGCCUGUGGGAGCAGAUAAAGGAGCACUUCAACAGCCACAGAGCCUGCACUCUAAUGGUUUCCCACCAGCAGCUGCUUGAGAAAUCAGAGGCAGGCAGAGAUCUGGGGACUCCAAGUUUUCCAUUAGAAGGAAUACGAGGAUGUGAAACAAUCUGGACUCUUCUUCAGCUAAGGCACAGAAAGAUUGCUAUGGAGGAUUAGAGAAAUGCAACUGCAUAUCACCAUGUGCCAGCAACAGCAUUUUGAAAGGCCAAAAUUUAAUUGGGUUGCACAAGAUGCUUUGAUGGUCUUUUUCUGGUGUAAAAUUUCAACCUGAAGUGCAUUUCUUCUUCUUCUUCUUCUACCCUUCUACAAAUCAUUAUUAGCGCACCAUCGCAGUAACCCUAGGAAUUAUGUACAUUUCCGCCCCUCAACAUUUAUGUCCAGUGCCAGUGUUCAGUGCCACUGCAAGAAGUUCUGUGCCGUUUAUUUAGUGAGACAAAGUAAACGUGUGGAUAUUAAGGUGUCCACAGACCUGCAGUUAAUUUUGCCUAAACUUACCAAAAAAAAGUGACUUUAUUUUUCACAACCAUGGCCGCUCACCAACCUUAAUCAUACCCUAACCUUCACCUUGACCAAGUGUUUUAGUUGCUUAAAGUUUUAGUCGAUUAAAGUCUAUUAAUCAAAUACAGAUAAUGGUGGACAUAGGAAGGACAAAGCAUAGUGUAUCUGUGUAAAGAUAAAAAAAAAAACAGAGAGAGGUAGUCAAACACCUCAGACUGUCGGUUACAGAGAGUCACAGAAAGAUGUGGAGGGUGGAAGUUUCAGACAUUUUUCAACGAUCACCUCAGCUGAAGCACACUGUCGCCUUAACCAUAAACAAACCUCAACCAGUGUUUAUUUGCCAUGAUCGCAAUCUUUCCAUCACCUUAACCAUGCCGUACUUGUUAUGUGCAGAUGUUGUAUAAAAUAAGAACUCUGAAAACCUUAGCAAUGCAACUUCGAGCUGCUGUGUAAUACAAA